CCCUUUACCUCCGGGAUAAAAAAUCUUGGAGAGACGAAGAUGGCGACUUCGUUGUCUAAAAUCCUAACUAGAUCGAAGGCUCAUAGCUACAGAUGCUGUACCACAACCAGUGUCUCUUCCCAGCCUUCCCUUCCGAUACAAUUCUGGUCACGACAUUUCUCCGCCGUCGCCGACCCUUCCUUCUCUAGCUCCGCCGCGCUUGGCAGCCAAACAAGCUCUCCUGCUCCACUGAAAGAGAACAAACGAGGGUCGUCGACGAAGUGGUCAAAAUUUCUGUUGUUCUUGCCUGGAGCGAUUACCUUCGGCCUCGGGUCAUGGCAGAUCGUCAGAAGGGAGGAAAAGAUCAAAACACUGGAGUACCAACAACAACGGUUGAACUUGGAACCAAUGAAGCUCAAUACACAACUUCCUCCUGAUAAGAAUCUGGAUACCUUAGAAUUUAGACGGGUUACUUGCAAGGGUGUGUUUGACGAGCAAAAGUCUAUCUAUUUGGGUCCACGGUCUAGGUCCAUAUCUGGAGUUACUGAAAAUGGAUUCUAUGUCAUCACGCCUCUAAUGCCAAUCCCCAAUGACCUGGAUAGCAUGCAGUCCCCUAUUCUGGUGAAUCGCGGAUGGGUUCCUCGUAGUUGGAGAGAAAAGUCACCAGAGACUACAGAUGCUAACUUUGUUACAAGCGACUCAACAGAAGCUAAGCCACUCUCCCAUGAACAAAAUUCCUGGUGGAAAUUUUGGUCUAAGAAGCCAGUGAUUAUCAAGGAGCAUGGAUCCGCGAUUAAGCCUGUAGAAGUCGUUGGUGUGAUCAGGGGAGGGGAGAACCCAAGCAUAUUUGUUCCAGCCAAUGAUCCAAGUACCGGGCAGUGGUUUUAUGUAGACGUUCCUGCAAUGGCUCGAGCCAUAGGUCUUCCUGAAAACACAAUCUACGUAGAGGACGUUCAUGAAGACAUAGAUCGGAGUAGACCAUAUCCUGUCCCGAAGGACAUAAACACUUUGAUCCGUAGUAAAGUCAUGCCACAGGACCAUCUCAACUACUCAAUAACAUGGUACUCUCUCUCCGCGGCUGUCACUUUCAUGGCUUACAAGAGGCUCAAGCCAAAGUCUGCCCGCAGAUGAGCUCUCUCUGAUCAAAUCAAAUCUCAUUCUUUUUGUAACUUGUCUGCUGAAGUAAUAAUUUGCAGAGGUCCAGUUGAUUAUGUUUUUAUAGGUUAAACUUCCAUAGAAGGGACACAAUGAAAUAUUUUUAAAUUGUCAUAGAAAUUUGUAGUUUUCGUUUUCUAUGGUGGAAGAAAAUUCGAACUCGAAGCCAUUUGUGGGUAAAGACGGUUGGAAGGAAUGCUUCUAAUCACCAUUGUUCUUUUUUGGUAGACCAUCAGCGAAAGUUAAUGUUGAUUAUACGUACUACUAAAAUAGAAUUGUUUGCUUAAAGGUAAAUUGCGGUUUAAGAGAGUUUAUUUGAUUUUAUACCCGAAAGACCAUGAACUUUCAACAUUUCUAUU